AAGUAGGUGACUUGAACUCAAAAAUCAAUCCUACCUCUCUACAUUUAUCAUGCCAAGGGUACCACAAGAGAAGCAGAAAGGUACUAGCACGGAGCAGAUCAUAAAGAAAGGGGCAUGGUCUCCAGAGGAAGACCAAAAACUGAGGGAUUAUAUCAUGAGAUAUGGUAUCUGGAAUUGGAAACAGAUGCCCAAAUUUGCAGGACUUUCAAGAACGGGAAAGAGUUCUAGACUUAGAUGGAUGAACUAUCUCCGCCCUGAUGUUAAGAGAGGACCUUUUAGCGUGGAAGAAGUCGAAAUAGUCAUUAAAACUUAUCAAGAACUUGGAAAUAGAUGGUCAGCCAUAGCUGCAAAAUUGCCCGGAAGAACAGACAACGAAGUUAAAAACUUUUUCCACACACACUUAAAGAAGCAUUUUGGACUGAAAAAUGAUGCCCCGUUGAAGACUAGGGCAAGAAGCAAAAGGGCAGAUAAAACAAAAGAAACAGACAAGACAAAUGCUGGAAAAGCUCAAGAAAGACCAUCACCUGAUGAUGUUUCUUCCCCCAGCAGCAGCAUUAUUACAAGUGAAGAACAUGAAAUGAUGGAUCAUUUUUUGAAUUUUGAUUGUUACGACGUUAAUUCACUUUUCGGUCAACAAAUUUCUAACAUGGAAAACACAGUUGUCUCGGAGAGCAAUCCUGAUCAAACAUGUAGAGAUAUUGGUGUUGCUGAAGGGCUUGAGUACUCCCAGCCAUGUUCCAUUCCCGAUGGUUCUAGCUUCGAUCAAUUAGAUAUGAAUUCAUUCUGGUUUGAUUUAUUUCGAAAUUGAUAUGUUACAACUAAUUAGAACCCAUGUGCAGGUCCUAGUAUUUAUCUUGCUUUCUUUUUUUAAAAGCCAUAAUACGACUCUGUAUUUAAACUUGAAAAAUAAUAAUAGAAUCUAUUAUUGCGCUA